GGGUCAUGUCCAUUGAGACGUGUGACUGACCUUCUGCGUUCAAAAUGUCGGUCCUCAGGAGGUGCAGGGUUUUAGGUCUCCGCGAAUUGUCUCGAUCAACAUCUGCCACGGUAGUAGCUUGUCGCGCCCGGCAUUUCUCCGUGAACAAUCGACCGCCGCCAAAUUAUCCCGGCCAUGUCCGGUUGAACUUUGUAGAGCGUGGUGCUUUAGCUGUCGGAUCCGCUGUGGGCGCUUUGUUAAAUCCUCGAAGGGCAGAUCUCAUCGCAGCUUGCGGCGAAGCCACCGCAACCCCCUACUUCAUAUACCGUCUCCGUGAUGCUAUGCUCUCAGACCCAACCGGCCGUCAGAUCCUCCGCGAACGUCCGCGCAUAACCUCUGAGACCCUCCCACUCCCUUACCUCCGCUCUCUACCCGAGAACUCCGUCGGUCGGACUUACGCCAUCUGGCUCGACCGCGAAGGCGUCUCCCCAGAUACCCGCGAUAACGUCCAGUACAUCGACGACGAAGAAUGCGCAUACGUCAUGCAGCGGUACCGGGAGUGUCACGACUUUUACCAUGCUCUGACGGGCCUUCCGACCUUUGUUGAGGGGGAGUUGGCGCUCAAGGCAUUUGAAUACUUGAACACGCUGAUUCCCAUGACGGGGUUGAGUAUGUUUGCUGCGGUGAGGCUGAAGCCUGCGGAACGGGAGCGGUUCUUUGAGUUGUGGUUGCCGUGGGCGGUCCGGAGUGGACUCUCUAGUAAGGAAUUGAUUAACGUCUAUUGGGAGAAAAUUUUAGAGAAGGACGUGGAUGAGUUACGGAGUGAACUCGGCAUUGAGAAGCCUCCUGAUAUGAGGGAGAUUAGGCGGAUGAUUAGAGAACAAAAAAGGCGGGAGAAAGAGAAGUUGCAGCAGAACGCAUAGGUUUUACUGCGGUGAGGUUAGCAUUGAUGUAUAUUAGUUAUUAUA